AUGAGGAAGGUCCCAGUUAACAAGAAAUGGUUUGCCGUGGUUUCUGCCAUCGCCGCCUCUGCAGUGCCUUCCCUUGUCAUGGCCCGCAGCCACCGGAUCGAGUCUGUCCUGCAAAUCCCCUGUGUGAUCUCCGAUUUUGCUGAGGCCAUGGAGAAAACCUCCAAUGCUAUCAGUCUUCUCAAGAAAAUUGGGGCUUACCUUGAUGCUGAGAAGGAAAGUCCUCUGGUUGCGUAUGGUAUUGAGGGGGCUAAGCUCGUGAAGGCCUUUCGCAACAUUCCUGGAAUCGAUAUGGCCCACGUGGACCAUUUGAAUUUGUUGAAACUUGCCCCGGGAGAUCACGUUAGGAGGUUUAUUGUUUGGACGAAAUCAGCAUUUGAGAAAUUGGAUGAGAUUUACAGGUCAUUUGAUAGAGGAUUAAAGCAGUCAUCUGGUAAACUUGAGAUAUUAAAGCAUUUCUAUAAUCUUAAUAUAUUAACUAUAUUUGUCAAGCUGCUAUUUGAGCUGCAAAUUUCUUUUGCAUCUGUUACAUAG